AUGCAAAGUAAAUUAAAUUUGACAAACUUUAUUAAUGGUGAGUUUGUUGAGCCAUUGUCAAAGGCAUAUGUAAACAACUAUAAUCCAUCUACAGGAGAAGUUUAUAGUUAUGUACCAGAUUCGAAUGCAGAGGAUGUAGAUAAUGCUGUUAAAGCUGCAAAGAAAGCAUUCCCAGCAUGGAGAUCAAAGACUUUUCUUGAGAGAUCAGCUAUUCUUAAUAAAAUUGCUGAUGGUAUUGAAGCUAGAUUACAAGAGUUUGCAGAGGCAGAGUCAAGAGAUCAAGGUAAACCAGUACAAUUGGCAAAAUCACUCGACAUUCCUCGUGCAGCUUAUAACUUUAGAUUCUUUGCUGGCUACAUUCUGUAUUUGGAAGAGAAGACCUAUAUGACAGAUACACCCGUUAGAGCGUUGAACUAUACUGUGCGUUCACCGUUGGGUGUAGCAGGUUUGAUUUCACCAUGGAACUUACCGCUCUACUUGCUGACCUGGAAGAUUGCACCGGCCAUCGCUUUUGGAAAUACCUGUGUUUGCAAACCAUCGGAGAUCACCUCUUACACUGCUUGGCUGUUGUGUCAGGUGAUGAAAGAUGUCGGUGUUCCAGCCGGUGUCGUCAAUAUCGUUUUUGGCACUGGUCCAAACGCUGGAAGUGCGCUGGUGUCGCAUCCCAGUGUCCCAUUGGUGUCGUUCACCGGUGGCACCAAGACUGGUGAGGUCAUUACAAAGCUGGCUGCUCCGCUCAACAAGAAGCUAAGCUUGGAACUCGGUGGAAAGAAUCCAUCGCUUGUCUUUGACGACUGCAACCUGGAGGAGUGCGUCACCACCUCUGUGCGAUCGUCAUUCAACAAUCAAGGUGAGAUUUGUCUUUGUAACUCGAGAAUCUACGUUCAAUCCACCAUCUACCAACAGUUUGUAAGUAAAUUCGUCGAGAAGGCAAAGAACUGGAAGGUUGGCGAUCCAGCUGCACAGGGUACCGACAUGGGUGCACUCGUCAGCGCAGAGCAUCUCGCCAAGAUCGAAUACUAUGUUAAUUUGGCUCGUGAAGAGGGUGGAAAGAUAGAGUUGGGUGGAAAGCGUGCUGUCAUAGGAGAGGAGAACAGUCCAUUGAGAAACGGUUAUUUCUAUGAGCCAACGAUUAUCACCGGACUCUCACCACAAUCACGUGUUAUGAAAGAAGAGAUUUUUGGACCGGUCGUUACCAUCUGUCCAUUCGACACUGAGGAACAGGCACUUGAAUAUGCCAACGACAAUCAAUACGGUCUUUCCUCAUCACUCUGGACUCAAAACUUGAAUCGUGCUCACAAUGUAGCGGCGCGUAUCGAGGCCGGUAUUGUUUGGGUCAAUUGUUGGAUGAUUCGUGAUCUACGAACUCCAUUCGGUGGUCAGAAAGCAAGUGGUGUUGGACGUGAGGGUGGUGAAUUUUCAUACGAUUGUUACACUGAGCUAAAGACAGUGUGCAUCAAGUUUUAUUCUGCAAAUGUUAAUAACAUUAAUAAUGUAAAAGAUCCAGCCAAUUGGGUGAAUGCAUCGGUUCCAUCUAGCUAUAGUGAUGCAGUUGUUGUUUUUUUUCCUGAUGGUAUUGGAUUCCCUAACUACCUUUACUCGAGAAACUCUACGAUGAUGGGAUCGAUCACUGUCACUGGUAAUGUGGUCUUUGAUUACCUAAAUGUUAUCAAUAUUACACUGAAUGCUCGCUCCACCCUAAUGAUAACCAAUACUCUCUAUACCAAUAGCGAAUACUCACAGAUUACAAUUAGCGAAAAGUCUGAUUUUUCAUUCACCUCUCAAUCGCCUGUACAAUUCGCAACGCUGAUCACCGAAGAUGGUUCCUAUAGCAAUCUACAAGCACCACUUAUCAAUAUCACCAAAGUAACCGGUAGUGGCUAUGUCACUCUCAAUACCAGUGUAGUAGGGAUCACAACUAUCGACACAACCAAUCUCUGGCAAUUCAAACUCUACAACAGCCAACUUUAUGUACCAUCGGAUUUCAUUGUUAGUAACUAUCUCUUUACUUUGUAUAUUCAUCAAGAUGUAUUCAAUGCUAUUCCAGCACCUCCACCAAUGAUCGUUGCAGGCAAUAUUUUUUUGAAUGGCUAUGUGGAAGUGACCACUGGUGUUACCGGUGAAUACUAUCUGUUGGAGAGUCAGAACCAUAACAUUUCUGGUAGCUUUUCAUUAUACUUUCCUGAACUUUUCGAAAAUGCUGAAACUGAAAUAAGAAAUAAUCAAUUCUUAGUUUUAAAGAUAUCGCAAGUGGUCCUAUUCCCUAGUUUUGUCAAAGAUGUCGUAGUACCAAUUGUUGCAGUUAUCACUGCAAUCAUUCUUAUAGUUGUUGGUUCGAAGCUGUUGGCAAGAUAUAAGAAGAGAUCACAAUACAUCAACAUAAACCAAGUAGAUGAACAAGUAAACAAAGAUAGAGAUUAUCAAUCAAUGACUAUCGAUAGAGAAAAUGUAGUAGAACAUAUAAUUACCCAUUUAGUUAUAAAAUUGAUAAUGUUCAUGAUCCACGAAAGAAAUAUCUAUAGGUUUUCAUUAUUUAUAUUACUUUUAAUCAAUGUGAUUUAUCACUGUAAAUCACAACAAUUUAAUGAUGCAUAUAUUUUUAAAAGUAGUUUAAAUUGUACAGUCUCACCCGGUUGUAGUUUUGAUGAUCCUAAUAGUUGGCAGAAUGGAACUACACCGAUAGAUAAUAGCAAUGUAGAGAUCAUGUUUGAUGUGACCAGUGGCAGUGUAAACUACAUCUACUCGAAUGGAAGUACUCUUAUUGGAAACCUUUUGAUCAGUGGUGUCGUCGUGUUUGAAAAUCUCAAGAUUGUCUCGGCCAGCGUUCAAAUGUAUUCGAACCUGACUGUAAACAGUGGUUUGGUGACAUCUGGAAACAACAGCCAUUUCUAUGUCGGUGAGAAAGCUGCCCUCUCACUGUACCUCUCGACUCCAAUCGUAAUCGGGUCGAUCACAGGUGCCUAUGGUUCCGAGUGCUACUUCAUGUCACCGCUUCUCAACUUUACCAGUUUCCAGAGCACCGGCUAUCUGACACUGACCAACAGCAGCGCGGGAAUCGCCAACUUCAACAUCAAAGAGUUGUCGAAACUGUCGUUGGUAUCGAGCGAUCUCUAUGUGGCAACAGAUCUCAUACUAUCAAACUACACAGAACUCAGUAUCUAUCGUGAGAAAUUCGAUGAAUUGGUUCCGCCUAUUGUCGCGGCUGGAUCGAUAUACCUGUCGGGCUGGAUCGAUAUCAGUGAGGACUCUAUCGAUAAAUCGAAACAAUACAACAUUAUGGAAAGUCAAUCCAGUAAUAUCACUGGUAAAUUCCAGCAGCAAACUCUUUUGUCCGAUGGUGAACUUGACAUCACCGGAUCCUCUAGAUACCUUACAUUGUCAUUCCCUGCAAACAAGCUACCACCCAGCAUCAUAUUCCUAAUUGUAUUAUUCUCACUUAUAUUCUUGGUGAUUGCCUCCUUCCUUGUUUAUGUUAUAGUCAAGUGUUGUAGAGAAAGAAAACGUAGAGCCAGAUAUAGCUCAUUAAAUUAA